AUGUCACAGUCAGCGCCGCCAAUCAUCCAGCCCGCCAGGUUCUCUGCUCCCGCGGGUGAAUCUGUGUUGCCUGUCCAGCGCAAGACUUACUGGAUCACUGCUACCACCGUCCAGCCGCACACGCAACCCACGCCCUCACAACGCACGGAGCUGCUUGGCUUCCCCUCCUGUCCGCAGAAGAAGUCCAAGCUUGUCCCCCAGCUAGCAGCAGAAGAACACCGGGCCGCCAGAUGGGCAGCUUAG